GCCGUGUGGACGUUAUCGCUGUAAGGUGUGCUCAAUGGCGGUGGCUGUUUCGGCGGUGAAUACUGUGUUUUGAACAGUAAAAGCUCCCCAUAUAUAAUCUCACAAGUAACCUCACAACAAGACACCCCAGUGGAGAGCAGGCGCUAGAACAUAUCUAUUGACUGUACUGUAUUUCCAAAGCCAAUGGCAGGAGUUCAUUUAAACAAAGGGAGGUGAGGCUCUGAUGAUGGAGAAUGGACAGAGCACAGCCUCGAAGCUCGGCUUGCCGCCCCUCACACCCGAACAGCAGGAGGCACUGCAGAAGGCAAAGAAGUAUGCAAUGGAACAAAGCAUCAAGAGCGUUCUGGUCAAACAAACCCUUGCUAACCAGCAGCAACAGCUCAGUAACCUUCAGCUCCCUAAUUCCCUUCAGAUGGCUUCAUUAACAAUGGGAUUUGGAGAUCCCCUCUCACCACUACAGUCUGUUGCAGCACAGAGGCAGAGGGCACUAGCCAUAAUGUGCAGAGUUUAUGUUGGGUCCAUCUACUAUGAGCUAGGAGAGGACACCAUCAGACAAGCCUUUGCUCCCUUCGGUCCCAUAAAGAGUAUUGACAUGUCCUGGGACUCUGUUACAUUGAAACACAAGGGUUUUGCAUUUGUAGAGUAUGAAGUACCAGAAGCCGCACAGCUCGCUUUAGAACAGAUGAACUCUGUCAUGCUGGGUGGUAGAAAUAUUAAAGUAGGGCGACCCAGCAACAUCGGGCAGGCUCAACCAAUCAUAGACCAGCUAGCCGAAGAAGCACGCGCCUUCAACCGAAUAUACGUGGCAUCCGUGCAUCCUGAUUUGUCAGAUGAUGACAUUAAGAGUGUGUUUGAGGCCUUCGGAAGAAUCAAGUCCUGCAUGCUUGCGCGAGAGCCCACCACAGGAAAGCACAAAGGCUAUGGCUUCAUAGAAUAUGAUAAGGCCCAGUCUUCGCAGGAUGCCGUGUCCUCCAUGAACCUCUUCGACUUAGGUGGGCAGUACCUGCGAGUGGGCAAAGCUGUCACGCCUCCCAUGCCCCUACUGACACCAACAACACCGGGCGGCCUGCCCCCUGCUGCCGCCGUAGCGGCAGCAGCUGCCACAGCCAAAAUCACAGCCCAGAUGGCAUGGAAUCUGUCCCAGCCGGAGAAUCGGACAGAAGACUUCCUCAACUGUCUGGAAGCGGUUGCGGGAGCAUCCAUCCUGGGAGCGAUGACUGCAGGGACAGGCCUGAGUCUGCCCCAGCUCCCUCAGGCUGUUAUGGCAGCUCAGGCCCCAGGGGUCAUUACAGGGGUGACACCAGCUCGGCCCACACUGCCUGUUGUGCCUCAGGUGGGCCUUGUGAACCCGGUAUUGGCCUCUCCACCAUCAUUGUCAGCUGCUGUGGCUGCAGCCCAAGAGGCCAAGAAGGAGAAGGAAGAGGAGGAAUCGGCUCAAGAUGGUACGGGUCAGGAGAUGCUCAGUGAACAGGAGCACAUGAGCAUCUCGGGCAGCAGCGCCAGGCAUAUGGUCAUGCAGAAACUGCUGAGGAAACAAGAGUCUACGGUUAUGGUGCUCAGGAACAUGGUCGGUCCAGAGGACAUCGAUGAUGAUCUGGAAGGAGAAGUAACAGAGGAAUGUGGAAAAUUUGGAGCCGUUAAUAGAGUGAUUAUUUACCAGGAGAAGCAGGGCGAGGAGGAGGAUGCUGAAGUCAUUGUGAAGAUCUUUGUAGAGUUUUCUGCUGUGUUUGAGAUGAACAAGGCCAUUCAUGCACUAAACAACCGCUGGUUUGGAGGUCGAAAAGUAAUUGCUGAGGUGUACGAUCAGGAGCGAUUUGAAAACAGUGACCUCUCUGCAUAGACUGACUAGAAUACAUCUUUGUAAUCUUUUCGCUCCAUCUCCCCUGUUCCUCUCUCAAUUACACAGACACAGCUGCCAACCACUCUUCUCAGUGGUUCUAGCCUCUUUAUAAACUGUAAUUAUUUUUUAUCAAUGUUGAUAUAUUAUUAAUGACCCCUUCUGAGGACAGAGGCAAGGAAAUGCUCAUGGAUUUAUUUUGUAUUGUUGCUGUUCCUUAAUGUGAAUUACUGGAUGCCCCCCCAUCCCCCCUUUUUGGGGGGUUCAUUUGUUUAAACCCCCCAACCCCCUGCCACAGAUUGGUUAUCAUUAAAACUCAGUUGCUUUGUCUCCCUCUUAUCCCUCAAAAUAUUCUCCUUUGCCUAUGAUGCUCAUCGUUUCAAAUGUCAAGAAGAAUAAAUUCUUCCAAG